AUGGCUGUGAGCCCAGAGGCGUUGAAUGAGAUCCAGGCCGCUCUCAAGCAGGCCAACGAAGGGCAGCUUGUUCAGGCUUGCCACAAUUUGAUGGCCGCACUCACAAGGCACCAUCUUCUUAGGAGCUCAGUCUUGUUGCCGGAUGAAGUUGCGUGUCAUCCGGAGAAUAGAGAUGGUUUCGGGCUGAGCGGACACGACGUUCACGCCCUUCUUCAUGGCCUGAGUGAGGUGGGGUGGGAUAGUCGUGAGACUAACCCGAUAUGUUCGGAGGUCGGAUCAAACCACGCGGAUGUUCUGUCGUUCAACCAAGAGUUGGUGAGAAGCUCUGGGGGCUUGUUACCGGAGGUGGUUCCGACUUCGAUGCGGUACGCAUCUUUGGCUGGCUCUCAUACCAAUGCAGCUUUGAGAGCCCUCCGCCACGAAGUGAAACUUCCACAAGAUCAUGGAUCCGGUCCCCUGGCACUGGAAGGCAAACUGUCGAUGGCCCGAGCUCGAUCUCAUGAUCCACAGCUGUACAAGGCAGCUGAGGAAGGCAUGAUCUGGCGGAUUGUGUCCAAGGAGGCUGCAGCGAUCGAAGGUGUGCCACAGCUGAUCCAGGCAGCAUCCAAUACCUCCGGCCACUUGCAGCGGGGAGAGCAUGAGUGGCAAAUCUUGCUGCGCAUGAAGGGCAUGAUUGAGAGGUCCACCUCUCCUCCAGAGUGGGCCCAAGUUCGAAAAGAUGUCAUGAGGACCAAGCCAGCCUGCGCUGAAGCCACCCCCUACAUGUAUCAGUUCUUGCUCAAGUACAUGCAUAAGAGAUUGCUGGCAAAGAUUGAGAGCAGGGUCAAGAAGAAUGUGAGCGCGAAGAAGGUGCUCGGGACAGAGUUCUUUGUGAACUUGUCGGGCACGUCGAAGGAUUGGCAGGCGCAGCAUGUUUGGUUUCGGCAUGCUUUGCUUGGCCUAGCCUACAACUCAGAGAAGUUGGUUGGGGCCAGUGAUGCCCGACGAAUCUUGUCCAAAGAGAUGUCCCCAGCCGUGGCGAAGGCGGAGGGGUUGAUGAUCAAAAUGCAGAAGCUCUUGGACAGCGUCGGUAUUCCGGAGGAAUCUGCGCAGCAGGUGCAAACUUGUUUUGAUAAAUUCCAAGAUGGCUUGGUCUUGGAAGUCCUUGAGAAGCGCAAGGACUUGACUCCUCAAUCCAUGGCGUGCGAGUUCAUGGAUGAACUUGAGGAGGUUCUUGGAAAGAGGCUUUCCACCGAGUUCGAUGCCCAUAGGAAGCAUGAGAGCUCCACCCCAUCAGCUCCUGCGGCAAGCCCGGGUCCCUCAGUGAUUCCGCGCGAGUACGAUGAGUUUGGGAAGAUCAAGGAAGAGGCAGUGCUGGUGAGAGAACAGGGCUUUGUCGAAGGCGCAUCGGUUCUUCGCAAGAAGGACAAGGUUAGGGCCACAAUCGAGAGUUUGAAGGGGUCGAAGGUCAAAUUGUCUUUGGACACAGAGGAUGUUUCUGGAUACUUUGAGCUUUCGGCUGGAUCUUUCUUGAGAGGAGAAUGGAAAGUAGUGAAGAAACAUGUCGAGACCACGCAAUAUGAAUUUGACACCUUCUCUGACCAUACGGCGCUCAAGUCAGAUGCAAUCAAUCUCAUGUGCGCCAAGGGUGAGGUGGCCAGGCGCUUCAUUGAAUUGGAUCAGCAGCACGCCAAAGUGCUUGAGGGAUUGAAACUCCAGGUGAAACCUUCCAAGGCAGUCUUUUGCACGAAGCCCUUUGCCAAAAACAAGUUGAUCCUCAUCCCAUCAACAUGGAAGAUUGAGUCCAAAGAGGCGAGCUCUGGCCUUUCGAUUGGAACAAUCAGGGAUGUGCCCUUGAGUCUCUUGCCUGCCUUCCUGCAUUCCAAGGACGGCGACUUGACUGGUUCGUUCCUGCAGCCUUUUUGGAUGGUCAAGAGAACCCAUGUUCUUGAGGAUGCAAAUUGUGAGAUUCGCCCCAGCUUGACAGACACAGAGAACAAUUCUGUCAAGAUCCCAUGUAUGUACAACACAUGUGCUUUGAAGCCCAAAGACGAGUUGAUUGUCUAUACGCCCCAAGUGAAAGUGGAAGAGGAGCCAGAGCCACUAGCUCCUAUCGCCGCGCCACCGCCUGCCAAACGCGCCAGGACCAAAUCCAAGGAGUCAUAG